AUGGCCAGCCCCCUCUUUCUUUGGUUGGCGGAUCAAGACUCCUCCUCGCCGCAGCCGCCGCACUUGGUGGCCCUCCCUCCGGCCACGAUCGUGAAUCGCCAUCGGCCCCACCAGCCUCUGCCCCACCACCAGGUCGACCAGGACGUCAACCAGCUGCUGCUGCUCUCGGCCGUUCACUACCCGGGCGCCCUCCACCUGAGCGUGCCCUUCCCGCCCUUCGGCCUUCCAUCACGAGCCUCGCCCACGCCCGCCGCAUUCGCUCCGGCCACGCCGACGCCGACGACGACUAAGGCCGCGCCCCCCGGGUCCCCGCACGAAUCGCAGGCGACGGCCAAGCGUAGCCGGCGGCGGGUGUCGAUGACGACAUCGUCGGCUUCUCGGAUGUCUUCCCCGACCACCAGCCACACCAAGAUGGACAUCAACUUCCUGACCACGCCCACUGAAUGCCACGACCACAGCUUCGAAUUCGGCGGCGCGGUCGUGGAAUGGUCUUCCCCGCUCUCGUCGCCCCGCGGGUCGCCUCGCUCGGGCCGCACUCGCUCCUGCGGCGAAGAGUCGCCCCUGCCCCCGUCGCCGCCGCCAGCGGGCCGAGCCGACCGCCACCAUCACCCUGGUGGUGGUGGCCACCAGGCGGGGAAUCGGGUGGUGCAGCUGGCGGCGGAGGAGGUCAAGGAGCGGUGGCGGGAGAGGGAGGAGUCCAUGGUCUCCCUCAAGCACACUCACAAGGCCAUCGCCGCCAACCGCCAGGCCCAGCAGAACCAGAACCAGAAGAGGCGGCGGAAGGACCAACCGACCAGCAGCAGCAGCAGCAGCAGCUCGCAGGAAGACGAAGAAGAUGAGAGCGACGGAGGCCACGACGCGGCCGGCGGCAGCAGGGAGCCGCGGGUGAUGACAGGCCGCACGUGCAUGCACUGCGGCAUCACCUCUACGCCGGAGUGGCGCACCGGACCCGACGGCAAGGGCACCCUCUGCAACGCGUGCGGGCUGCGGUACCGCAAGUUCGUGCGUGCGGAGGAGAAGAGGGGCGUCGUGAUCGCCUUCCCCGCCAUGCCCGCCCUCGCCAAGCCGCGCAAGCGACGACGCCUGGCCCAGCAGCAGCAGCAGACGUCUGAUGAGGCCGACGGUGGCGGUGAGAGUGUCCUGAUGGACACGACCCGCACCAGGACGAAGCAAGACAACCGCGACCAGGCCCACAAGAAGAAGAAGAAGCGAAAGGCGACGGCCAGCUGA